AGCGAUCUACCUCGUCUAAACGAUAAAUUAGUGACCAUGGAGAAGAAAACUCCAACACCACCAGUUAUGACGUUAGAAUCGUGCUCCAUGGACGACCAGGUACUAAACGAGUUGAGCAAGGAGAUUGUAGAUGCAAUAUUGCCAGCAGCUCAGGAAAACUUAGCCAAAAUGGACAAUAAUCACAAAAUGGUUGUAGAGGAAACAGUUGUAGUAACCACAACAACUAGUGAACAGACUUCUCCAUCUACAACGGCAACACCCGAAGAGAAAUUGCCAACUCCACCGCCGUCCCCCGUAGAAGACAUUGAUGAGCCUUCUUUCAAAGUAAAGAAGCUUAGUCCAGAAUUGACAGAAGCUGGAGAGUCGGGCAAAAACGACUCAUCUACUAACAAAUCAGAAGAUUCUACAGCUAUGAGUUUUUUUCACGAUCUCAAAGAAACAGCAAAGUCGGCUGCUGCCAAAGUCGGCGAUGUAACCGAAGAGGUGCUUCAUAGCGCCAGUACGACAACUUCAGGCGCUGCUCAUAGCGUUGGUGAUGUCCUUCAGGAUACUAAGGAAGCGGCUGCUGAUGCAGUCCAGGCAACUAAGGGAUUCAUGUUCGGCUCGAGUGCAAAUCCAGAUGCAGCCGAAAGGCUUGAGGGCGGAUUUGAGCAUGUCGAGGCAACUACCCUCAGAACUGCAGACGUUGCGCACGAUCCCAGAGUCAAAGUGGAGACCAAGACAGUCAUUGUAGAAAAAGAACCUAUCCAUCACGAAUCCUAUCACGAAGCCGGACAUGUAGAACACGAGUCGAAGGGGCUUGGUGAUUCCGCACUAUUCCAAUCCGCUAAAGGAUUAGCAUCGACUGUUGGUGGCGCAAUCGCUACUGGUUUUGAGAAGACCAAAGAGACCGCCGGUGAUGUCGCCCAUGCAAUGAAAGAAACCGCUGAAGCGGCUGCAGAUAAGACUGCAAGUGCAUUGGGGACCGCUAAAGAUACCGCCGCAAAGGGAGUCAGUUAUGCAGCCGAUACUGCUGCGAGCGCCUAUGAUACCACGGCCCAGAAAGCCGCAGAAACUGGUCAGUGGGUCGCUGAUACCACUAAAGAUACACUGAGUGCUGCUGCAGACAAGACUAGAGAGGGCUAUCACUGGGUUGCCGAUACUACCGCAGAGGGUGGUCAAUGGGUUGCUGACACUGCUAAAAGCGCCUAUGAUACCACAGCACAGGUAGCCGCAGAUACAAUGAGUGCUGCUGCGGAUAAGACAAGAGAGGGUUAUCACUGGGUUGCCGACACUACUGCAGAGGGUGGUAAAUGGGUUGCAGACUCUGCCAAAAGCGCCUAUGAUACUACAGCACAGGUAGCCGCAGAUACAAUGAGUGCUGCUGCGGAUAAGACAAGAGAGGGUUAUCACUGGGUUGCCGACACUACUGCAGAGGGUGGUCAAUGGGUUGCUGACACUGCCAAAACCGCCUAUGAUACUACAGCCCAGAAAGCUGCAGAGGGUGGCCAGUAUCUGGCUGACACUGCCAAAAGUGCCUACGAUACCACAACACAGGCAGCCGCAGAUACAAUGAGUGCUGCUGCGGAUAAGACUAGAGAGGGUUAUCACUGGGUUGCCGACACUGCUGCAGAAAAGACAGCAGAGGGCGGUCGUUGGGUUGCUGACACUGCCAAGAGCGCUUAUGAUACCACAGCCCAGAAAGCUGCAGAGGGUGGUCAGUAUUUGGCUGACACUGCCAAAAGUGCCUAUGAUACCACAGCCCAGAAAGCCGCAGAGACUGGACAGUGGGCCGCUGAUACUACUAAAGAUGCCCUGAGUACAGCUGCAGACAAGACAAAAGAGGGUUACCACUGGGUUGCCGAUACUGCCGCAGAGAAAACCGCUGAGGGUGGCCGUUGGGUUGCCGACACAGCCAAGAGUGCCUACGAUACCACUGCAGAGAAGGCUUCAGAGGGUGGUCAGUAUCUGGCUGACACUGCUAAAAGUGCUUACGAUACCACAGCACAGAAGGCUGCAGAGACUGGUCAUUGGGCCGCUGAUACCACUAAAGAUGCACUGAAUACGGCUGCAGACAAAACCAAAGAGGGUUACCACUGGGUUGCCGAUACUGCCGCAGAGAAAACCGCUGAGGGUGGUCGUUGGGUUGCUGACACAGCCAAGAGUGCCUACGAUACCACGGCGCAGAAAGCCUCAGAUGUUGCUGACAGUGCUAAAGAUACAUUGAGUACCGCUGCUGAUAAAACAAAAGAGGCAGCUAAAAGUGCCUAUGAUACCACGGCACAGAAAGCGGCAGAGACUGGUCAUUGGGCCGCUGAUACCACUAAAGAUGCACUGAAUACGGCUGCAGAUAAGACCAAAGAGGCUGCUAGCGCCGCUGCUGACACUGCUAAGGACGCUUACAAUGUUGCUGCAGACAAGACCAAAGAGGCUGCUAACGUCACUGCUGAUGCUGCUAAGAGUGCUCUCAAUACUGCUGCAGACAAGACCAAAGAGGGUUAUCACUGGGUUGCCGACACUACUGCAGAGGGCGGUAAAUGGGUUGCCGAUUCUGCCAAGAGCGCCUAUGACACAGCUUCACAGAAAGCCGCUGAGGGUGCCCAUGUGGCAGCUGACACUGCAAAGGAUGCUUACAAUGUUGCUGCAGACAAGACCAAAGAGGCUGCUAACGUCACUGCUGACGCUGCUAAGAGUGCUCUCAAUACUGCUGCAGACAAGACAAAAGAGGGCUACCACUGGGUCGCCGACACUACCGCGGAGGGUGGUAAAUGGGUCGCUGAUUCUGCUAAGAGCGCCUACGACACAGCCUCACAGAAAGCUGCUGAGGGUGCUAGCGUGGCAGCUGACACUGCAAAGAGUGCCCUAAACACUGCUGCAGACAAAACCAAGGAGGGCUACCACUGGGUUGCCGACACUACCGCUGAGGGUGGCCACUGGGUUGCUGAUACUGCCAAGAGCGCCUACGAUACAGCUUCACAGAAAGUUGCUGAGGGUGCUAACGUGGUAGCUGACACUGCCAAGGGUGCUCUUAACACUGCUGCAGACAAGACCAAAGAGGGCUACCACUGGGUUGCCGAUACUACCGCAGAGGGUGGUCACUGGGUUGCUGAUACCGCAAAAGAUACCUACAACACUGCUGCCCAGAAAACUGCAGAGGGAGCCGACUGGGUUACUGGCACUGCCAAGAAUGUUUAUGGGACCACAGCUGAGAAGGCUUCCGAAGGAGCCGGUCUUGUAGCAGACACUGCCAAAGGCGCCUAUGAUAGUACUUAUGGAAAAUUAUCAGAGGGAGCCACUUGGGUAACAGACACAACUAAAGAUACCGCUCAUGCUACCAAGGACAAAGCAUCAGAUAUCGCUGAUACCGCUGGCGCAGCCCUUCUUGGCGGAGCUACUUACGUAGCCGACAAGGCAGCAGAUCUGAAGGAUAGCGCCAAGGAGGUUGCUUCUGAUGCAUUUGGAAUGGUUAAAGGUGCAUUGGGCAAAGUCGGAGAUAAAGCUCAUGAUGUGAAAGAAGGAGCCAAGGAAACUGCUGAGAAAGCAGCAGACAAAGUACUAGAAAUGAAGGAUAGUGCAGCCGAGGCCGCCAAGGAUGCCAAAGACAAAUCAAAAGACAAGGCUUCCGAGUGGAAAGAUGAUGUCACUAAGACGAUGUCCGGUUUCAAGGACGAAGCGCAAAAAACUGCUGAAAGUGCGAAGGACAACGCUCGGGACAAAGCCCAUGAAUGGGAGACCAAGGCCGGAGUGGCCACUGAAAGUGAGAAGGAUAACGCUCGAGACAAAGCUCAUGAAUGGGAGGCUAAGGCCGGAGUGGCCACCGACGACCUCAAAAACUCAGCAAAGUCCUAUUUUGAUGCUGCAAACAAGGGAACAGUUGAUGACAAAGAAGAACGUGUUGUAAAGGUGGUCACAGGCGGGACCACUCAAAGCAAGCCUAUUAGUACAACGAGCACCGGCACCACCGCGACCUUCGGCUCCACCGGAACCACCGGGACCACCGGCACCACCGGAACCACCGGAACCACCGGAACCACCGGAACCACCGGAACCACCUGGACCACCGACACCACCGGCACCGCCGGUAUCCCCGGUACCACCGGGACCGCCGAUACCGUUUGGCCAGGCACUACCGUCCACCAUACCGGAGACAACGUAAAGGAUUCGACGGUCAGCAAGUUGUCCGAAUGGACCACUGAAGCUGAGAGGAAAGCUGAAGAAGCAAAGAAGACAACCUCCGAUCUGUUAGGCAGUGCUCAGCACAAGGCAGGUGAAGCCAAGGACAAAACUGCCGACACCUGGGCCAACGUCAAGGAUGAGGCUGGAAAGAAGGCGGAAGCCGCGAAAGAUACCGCUGGUGACUGGAUGAGCAGUGCCGCAGAUAAGGCAGCUGAGGCUAAGGACAAAGCAGCUGACAAGCUCUCAGAAGUGAAAACUGAAGCGGAAAAGAAGGCCGAGGCUGCUAAGGAAACUGCUUCGGACUGGAUGGAGACAGCCAAGGACAAGGCAGCCGAGGCCAAGGAUAAGACGGCUGAGACCCUGUCUAGUGCAAAGGAUGAGGCUGGGAAGAAAGCCGAAGCAGCUAAGGACACAGCUUCCGAUAUUCUUCAUAGCGCCAAGGAAACAGCUGUGGAAAUGAAGGAUAAGGCUGCUGAGAAGCUGUCGGAUGUGAAGCAUACAGUAGAAAAGAAAGCUGAGGCAGCGAAGGAUACCGCCUCUGAUUUGCUCCACGCCGCUAAGGAAACCGCCGUCGAGAUGAAGGACAAGGCUGCUGAUAAGCUUUCGGACCUAAAACAUGGAGCUGAGAAGAAGGCCGAAGCAGCCAAGGAGACUGCUUCCGAUGUGCUACACAGCGCUAAGGAAAAAGCCGCUGAAGUCAAGGAUCAAGCCGCUGAGAAGGCGUCGGAAUUGAAAACCGAGGCCGAGAAGAAAGCCGAAGCCGCAAAGGAAAAAGCCGCCGAAGUCAAGGACCAAGCUGCUGAGAAGUAUUCAGAAUGGAGAUCUGAAGCUGAGAAGAAAGCCGAUGCUGCGAAAGACAAAGCAGCUGAAGCAAAGGAUCAGGCUGCCGGUAAACUCACUGGCUUGAAAACGGAAGCGAAAUCUCAAGCAGCGACCGCUGUUAAUGUACUGGAUGAUACUGCUCCUCCUUCAGCAGAAUGGACAGAGUAUGGCAGAGGGGUAGAAGGUGGUGCGCCGGGUACAAUCGAAGUCACAACUUAUGAAGUGAAGGCCAUUCCGAAAGAGGGCUCCGCUGCUGAUGCCAAGAUGGCGUUCUUCACUGAUACUCACAAGGGAACGACGUCAUCAGAUACCAAGACUGGUGAUACAAGUUCCAAAUCGCCCAAAGCUGCGGAACCGUUUGACAGCAAGAAAAGAGAACGAACGGAAAGCUUGAGCGAAACCGUCAAAGCUAUGGCUCAAUCGGCCAAGGAAUCACUCAACGUUGCGGUUGAACAGGCCUCCGAAGCUAUAAGCUCCGCACAAGAAAGCGCUACAAAAGCUUACGAACAAGCCAAGGAUAAAACUGCAGAGCUUUCCGCUGCUGCUUCACAAAAAGCACAAAAAAUCGAGAAAGCGGCCGAAGAGAUAGCAUCAGCCGCAUAUUCGGAUGCGAAAAAUGCUGUUUCGGAUGCUUCACAAGCUGUUCAAGAAAAAAUUGAAGAAGUGAAGCAAGCCGUUUCUACGGACAACGAACAGGCAACGCCGAUUGCCGAAGGAAUUGCAAAAGCCGCCACUGAUGAAGCCGUAGCUGAAGCAGCCAAGGAGGCAACUGCUUCAUCGAAAGUCGCAGGUGUAGUAGAAGAUGUGUCAGGAACAGCUGAGGAAACGUCCACUUCCCGAGAAGCAAAGAAAAGCGACACUUUGCGUUCAGGACGAGGCACUGGCGAAUCGAAGAGACGGUGCACUAUUCUGUAAAUUCACAUAAUACUCCUUAUCCUCCGGUCACUCGCUCAUUCAGUAUCUAGUUCCUCCCCGCCCCCUUUUGUGCUUAAUUUUCGACUCAUCCAACCCAUUUUUUGUUCUCUGUCAGC